AUGAAGGGAACAAUUGUGACGUUGGAGGAGUUAAGCUACAAUGCUAAGAAGGAGAUAGUUGACAAAGUUGAUAAGUUAAAGAGGAAUAAGGUGGAGAUCAACUCUCUGAAAGGACAAAUGGAGUAUGCCUUUUCAGAAAGUCGAAAAUUCCAGAAGUUGUAUGAGGCAGACGAAGAUUUCAUUCAGCAAAAAGAGGCUGAGAAGCAACAAGGCACAGAGGACAAAAUCAAGUUAAUUAUGAGUCGAGCAUUGCAAUUAUCAGAAUGGGCUCACAGCUAUGAAAAACGGGUACAAGAUCUGAAAGUAAAUCGGGCAUUUAAGGCGCCGGAAUUGGCUGGGGACAUGCCCGGUCUUGAUACAGAUUUCAUUAGCAUUGAUUGUGGGUCGAGCCAAGAUUAUUUUGAUGAAGCGAGUGGUAUAUUCUACAAGUCGGAUUUGGCGUUCACAAGCUCUGGUGAGAAUGGAGAAAUACAAGGCGAAUACACCCCUCAAGACCCGCUAUACGGGCAGCAGCUAAUCAACCUGAGGAGCUUUCCACAAGGAACGAAGAACUGCUACACUUUGAAGCCAAUUCAAGGCAAGAACAAUAGCUAUCUCAUCAGAGCUGUCUUCUUGUAUGGAAAUUAUGAUGGACAGAAUGGAAAUCCCAAAUUUGAUCUACAUCUGGGUGUUAAUUUCUGGGAGACUGUUCUGAUUGGCGAUAUGUCUACUUAUGUUAUAUAUGAAAUUAUACAUGUAGCACCAAGGGAUGUGAUACAUGUGUGUCUUGUAAACACUGGGUCAGGAACACCUUUCAUAUCUGCUUUGGAAUUACGUCUUCUCGACAAGUCCAUGUACAGGAUUGAAUAUGCUGGAGCACUAGCCGUGGCAGCCCGAUUCGAUAUUGGCACCCAAGGAAGGACUAUUGUCAGGCACAAGGAUGACCCUUAUGAUCGCCUCUGGUCGCCUGACAACUUUUCUCCUGGGAUUCCAAUUAAUACCACAUCAAAUAUUACAGCAUCCAGCAGCGGUACUGUUUACAAAUUACCGGCACAAGUGUUGAGAACAGCAGUCAUGCCCCAAAAAAACAAGACAGACUUGAGUUAUUAUUUGACCCUCAAUCCCCAGAGGGAAUAUUACUUCUGCUUUCACUUCAUGGAAUUUGAGGAAGUCGCUGAAGCUCAGUCAAGACGAAUCACUAUCACGUUGAACAACAUCAACUAUGUUUCUAACCCCAUCACUCUAGAUUACUUGCAGCCGCAGUCUUUAUGUCCCCAAGCUGCUCCUCUUAGAGGAAAUGCUAACUUCACAAUUUCUAAGACAACGGACUCUGGUCUUCCACCCAUCCUCAAUGCCUUUGAGAUUUACCAUGGACGUCCACUCCAGCAAUCACCAACAAAUCAAGAUGAUCUUGAUGCAAUCAUAGCCGUCAAACAAACAUACAAGAUAACCAGAGAUGACUGGCAAGGAGACCCCUAUGUCCCACGCAAUUUUUUAUGGAAUGGUUUGAACUGUAGUGACGGCAUUAGUCCAAGGAUUAUCUCAUUGAACUUGAACUCAAGCAAACUAAAUGGGAACAUAACUUCUUCAUUUGCCAACCUGAGAGCAUUGUAUUCCUUGGAUUUGUCCUACAAUAAUUUUACUGGGUCAAUACCAGAAGUUUUAGCAUCGCUGCCAAAUUUGCAAAUCCUCUUAGACCUCUUCUCAGAAGGAACAAAUAGAACAUUGCUUAAUAGCUUCAUACCUCCCGGAGUGAAAACUCUAACAGAUCCUUUCCCUUCUGUCAUAACAGCUUCUCCAUUUCCAAGGACUCAAAACUGCUUUCAUCUUCAGGUUCCUGGUAGCAAGAAACCACUAUGCUCCACAGCCCUUCUGACAUCAGAUGAGUUCGCCAUGACUGAAAUCUUCAAUCCAAGGAACACAGCCUGCUCCGAUACCACUGUAGAUUGCAAUACACUACCAAAUAAUAUCAGAAGAACAACUGAUACUCAAUUCAAGGCGUCACAAGCAGGGUUUUCAUUAGAGAACUCCAAAAGUCUGCCAGAAAGUCUGGACCUAGGCCAGACAGAUUCAAAUAAAGGAAAGAGCAACUUUAUUAUUCCAGUUAUCACAUCUAUAGUUGCACUCCUGCUCUUGAUUUCUAUUGUAAUAUUUUGGAGGAUUAAAAGGAAACAAGGACAAGUUACCAGAUCAAAGCAAGAAGAUGCAAUAAAACCAAAGACUCGGCAGUAUACUUACUCUGAGGUUGUUCGUAUUACCGAUAACUUUAGCACAGUCAUUGGUGAAGGAGGUUAUGGAAAAGUCUACCUUGGCACUAUGAGAGAUGCCAGUCAAGUUGCUGUUAAGAUGCUAUCUUCGUCAUCUUACCAAGGGUAUAAAGAAUUUCAAGCAGAGGUGCAACACUUGAUGCUUGUUUAUCACCGAAACUUAGUUUCUCUUGUUGGGUAUAGCGAUGACCGGGGUAACAAGGCAUUGAUUUAUGAAUACAUGUCCAAUGGAAACUUGCGACAGCAUUUGUCAGUAAAUAAUGGAGAUGUUCUGAGUUGGAAUAUGAGGCUUGAAAUUGCCAUUGAUGCAGCAAAUGGGCUGGAAUACCUUCAUAACGGGUGCAAACCUCCUGAUUAA